AUGUUGGAGACAAAUAAUGGUGACACAGAGUUGAUGUCAAGUAAAAUGCUUUCAUUUGACAUUCAAACGGUAUCAAAUGAUCAGAAGAUGUCAACCAAUGUUACAGAACAAAUGGAACCUUCCGAAGAUGCUGAAAACAAUAGACAGACUUUCACAGCUCUCAGUAACAUCCGUGAUAUGAAUGAACCGGAAACUGCCUCAUUAACACAAGUACUAGAUCAGUCAGAAAUUUUUGAGCCAAAGGAUGAAGCUAUAAUGGAACGAAAAAAAAGUACUACAAGCAAUGAUAUCAAUACGGAACGAAAAGAAUCAACUGCUAUCAGUGAAAGGACUAACGUUGAUUCAUCGAAUCAUUUAAAUGGUACAGAACAGUAUCCUGUUAUUCGUGAAAACGAAAAAUCAACGAUAAAUUAUGAAACAAAUUCAUAUUACGAGAAUACAGAAGAAAGUCUGAUUCCUCAUACAGUUGAAGCGAUAGGAUUUCAACAGAUAGAUUAUAAUACGCUUUAUCAGCAAACAACAGAACAAGAACAAGAACAAAAACAAUAUGCUUAUUCUGAGCCACAGAUUCAAAAUUACGAUAACGUGCAGAAUGUAAAUUACACUUAUGGUAUCACACCUUAUCAAGAUUAUGAACAGCAGCAGCAGCAGCAGCAGCAGAAUGAAGCGCCUGUUAAUUAUGAAAAUUAUGACCAAAUGAAUUAUUUGACAACAGCGUAUCAGAGCUAUGAUCAACAAUCAAUUAUGAGUCAUGAUUACGCACAACAACCGAUAGCAAUGCAGGAUUACGACCAGCAAUUUACCGAAAUACCUGAUUACGAUACUUCACAAUACGAUCAAUCACAAGGGUGUGGCUAUAAUAGCUACAAUGCUUACACAUCAUCUUAUAUACCAACAGCAAAUGACCAAAAUUAUACGAGUCAAACUGGUUCGGAAUCCUAUUCAGGUGUUGUUAAAAAAACAAGUAACGAUUACGAUAUGCAAUACAAUCAGCAGUAUACUACAGAAAAUCCUGCUAUAUCAAUCUAUCCAAGUGAUACUUAUCGACCUCCCGUAAUACCGCAAUACAUUGCACCAUUUUCGGAAGUCGAUCCAUUUUCUUGGGAAGCACAAGAAAGUGCAGCAGUAGCAGCAGCGGCUACAGAAUCGGCACCACAAUCGGUUAACCAACAAUUAUCACAAUCACUUUCUGCAGAAACGUAUCAACAAAAAGAAAUACCAGUGGAAAGUGAUAGUGGCGUUCAAAAUGCUGAAGAAAUGAAGCGAAAAUUACCUUUACGACCCGCUCCACCGUCACCAUCCGUUGAACGCUUAAAACCACCAACACGACCUCCAAUGCCAUUUUCACCAAAUCUGAAACAUUCCACCGAAUCAUCAUUGCAUCAGCAAUCAUCGUCUAAAUUAGCAGAAUCAAGGGAAGAAGAAGAAGAUGCAUGGGCGCAGUUUAAAAAAUUAACAGAAAAAGCUACAAUAGCAGUGAAAUCAACUGAAGAAAGGCUGAAAGAAUUGGAGAAGACGACAGCUGCCAAAGAUAUUAAAGAUGAAAGUUAUCUCGCCCAAAUUGGUGGUUCUCAAGCAUAUAUACCGGAACAGGCUUAUAAGCAAGCACGAGAGCAAAGGACAACAACUGCACCGGUGAAAGAAAAAAAGAUGAUGAAACAUAGAAAGUCGAAGAAAAUCCCGGAACCGGAAUUGACGUUAGCUCAAGAAGAUGAUAUGGAUCGAGCUGCUAUGGAACUUGCCAAGAAGAUGGCUGCCACAAGGAUUGAUCUGCAGGAUUGGAAGCCACCAACAGAACAAAAGGAUUCAUCAACUCCUGUCCAUAAAUCAAAUGAAUUUUCUGAUGAAAUGUUAGCAAUGCCUUAUUGUUCAACGCUGACAGCCAAACCAACUGAUGACAAUGUGGUAAAUAUGAAUGCUUCAAAUACUCGCAAUGAAACAAGUGCCGCGACAACUUUUAACCAAGAGCCGAAUAAUUCAACUUGGACUGGUUUUGAUGAUUCAGAACCGGCUGAAUUACCACCAUCUGAAUCAGGUUUCUUCACCACAGCUUCUGCAGCUCCAGUUUCAGCUGAUAAAGCAUUUGGUGAUUCUAUGGCUGUAUGUGGUGAAGUAAAUGACAAUUUAAUUGAUCAGGAAUACGAUCCGUUCAAUGUAUGCUCAGCGGAUGAACUGGUUAAAGAAGCAAAAGCACGAGUUGCUGCAGUAAUUGCUGCAGAAGAAACUAAAGAAGAUAUUGAUUUCUUUGCUACUAAAAUAAACGAACAAAAAAGUGAUGUUAGCUCACCAACUCAGGAAGGUGGUAGUCCAGCUAGUUCACGACCUCUCGGAUUUGAUGAUGAAUUUCAAGUGGAAGAUGAUGCUAUUAGUACGCCAAGUCCAUUGUAUGAUGAAGAUGAUAGUGAGCCAUUGACCGAUUUUCCAAUUAAAUUUACCGGUGACGGUUGGGAAAUGAUGAUCCGAUAUCCUAUAAAGAAAAAAAUUAUGAGUGAUCGUUACUGGAAACCAUGUUACGUGAGAUUACGUGACAAUACGCUUUUCAUGUUCAGUUCAAAAACUGAGCAAAAACCAUUCAUGGAAAUCUUAUUACAGGCGACCUAUUCUCUUUCGGAUCCAACAUUGCAAGCAUAUGAUGUUUACGGCAAAAUUCACACAGUAAAAUUGCAAUAUGUUUCAUAUAAAGAACGGGUUGGCAUAAGACCAGGACAAAUUUCACGGCUAGUAGAAGGGCAUGUAACAAAAUAUGGUUUACCACUCGAACAUUCUGCACAAUGUACAGUACUAUUAAAGUUUGGAUCAUUAAAUGCUGCCGAAUUGUUCACAUUUGUUUCUACCAUUGAGGAUACACUCUUUCGAUGUGUAGCUGUAAGAAAUAGUACACCUCAGUAUAAGCAGGAUGAAAUUCAAAUUCAUUGCUAUGAUGAAUAUGCUGCUUAUGUGGACAAAUUCAAUAUUCUAAGCGAUCAGAAAGCUCGUGUACGAUUAUAUUGUCUUGCAUUCGUUUCCGGAUCACCCAUACUUGAAAUUGGUCUUAAUGAUCGUCGUAGACAAGGAAAGGAAAUAGUACGUCGGAAAGAUAUUUUACCAAUGUAUACCGAAAGAUGGAUACGAUUUGAAAAUCUCGAAUUUCACAAUACGGUUGAGCAAGAAGCCUUUGAAAAAGAGCAAGUGAUUCGACUUUCACCACCUGAUGGAUGCUUUUUCGAGGUGAUGAGAUUUCGAAUAAGGCCGCCAAAAAAUCGCGAGAAGCCAUUAACAGUAAAAUGUGUAAUGAAAAUUGCCGGUUCCAAGGUUGAAAUUCGAAUUGAAGCUAUGGCAGCGGCACAAACAGAAAAAACAAGAGGUGCUCUUAGUAGCAAACGUCAAGUACCCUGUGAGGAUAUUCAGAUUCGUUUUCCAGUACCGGAAGCAUGGAUUUAUUUGUUUCGUGAAGAACGACGAUGGGGUGUUGGAUCUGUGCAUGCAAAAGUGAGACGACCGGGUAAAGUUAAGAAUCUCAAAGAUCGUCUAAUGGGUACGGUUCACAAUGUUGACAAUUCACUUAUCGAAGCAGGCAUUGGUGAAGCAAAAUAUGAGCAUGUUUUUCGAUCCUUAGUUUGGCGUAUUCCACGUCUACCAGAAAAGUAUCAUGCUGCAUACAGGGAACAUUUAUUACGUUGUCGUUUUGAACUUUCAUCAUUUGAUCUGAUGCCCGAAACAUUUACGCCAACGUGUGAUGUGGAAUUUACAAUGCCGCUUGCAAUGAUCAGUAAUACAGUGGUACGAUCAGUAAGCGUUGAACAACAUGAAGAUAGCGAUCGUGUGGAAAAAUUCGUCCGAUAUGUGGCAAAGUGUACAUACAAAGUUGAAAUAGAUUAUGUUCAAUGCUCUGAUUUGGACAUGGAUGCUAUAUUUGAUCCAACUGUAGUUGAUCCGACAGCCAAUCAAGAAAAUAUACCUGAAUCGCAUAAAGCAAUGUUUAAUCCGGACGAAGUGAAAGAGUUGCAUGGAGGAUAUAGGAUCGAUUUUUCUGAUGCCGAAAUUGGUGCAAAAAAGCAUAAUGGUGGUGAAGAUUCAAGCAGUGACGACGAGGAAGAAGAAAAUCGAAGAGCAAUGCCAAUGAUUCAAAUCGAUCCGAAAGGAUACGGUUAUUGA